AUGUCAAUGUCUUCACUCCCAAAACAACUCAUCAACAACUCUAGCAAACAUGCAAAGACAUUGUUCAAGAACAAGAGAUCAGGUGUAGUUGCUUCUACUACUACUACCCGUAGUUUCACUACCUCUUCUUCUUCCGCUUUCACAUAUGUUGCCAAUAAUAAUACUACUACUACUACUACUGGUUUAAUGACAUCAAAUACUAGUUUAUUCAACUCUUCAUUGGUUUCAAUCAACACUGUCAAGAAGAACUAUUCUUCUAGUACUGGAGGCAAGGUCAUUCAAUUCAACUUGGCCGAUAUUGGUGAAGGUAUUGCAGAGUGUGAAGUACUCAAAUGGCACUACAAGGUUGGUGACAGUAUCAAGGAAUUCGAUCAAUUGUGUGAAGUUCAAAGUGAUAAAGCUACCGUAGAGAUUACAAGUAGAUACGAUGGUGUCAUUACAAAGUUAUAUUAUAAGGUUGGUGAAAUGGCCAAGGUUGGAACACCAUUGAUUGAUAUUAGAGUAGAAGGUGAGGAAGAGUCUGCUGCACCAACUGCUGCCGCCGCUGCCCCAUCUAAAUCAACCACAUCUACUACUACUUCACAAUCUUCAACUAUAAACAAUCAUCAUGAAAAUGACAAGGUAUUGGCAACACCAGCCGUUAGAAAUUUGGCAAAGGUUAAUAAUAUCAAUCUAAAGAAUGUACAAGGUAAUGGUAGAGACGGACGUGUCUUGAAGGAAGACAUUGUCUCUUUUAUUCAAAAUGGUGGUCAAUCUGCUCAAGUUGCUGCUGCUCCAGCUGCUCCAGUUGUUUCAGCUGCCGCACCAAUUAUUGCUGCUGCUGCUCCAACAGGUAGCAAACCAGAGACACGUGUACCAAUUACAGGUAUUAAAAAGGUGAUGGUCAAGACUAUGAACGCUGCAGCUUUGGUACCACACUUUGGAUACUGCGAGGAAUAUAUUAUGGACGGUUUGAUGUUGCUGCGUGCACAACUCAAGCCAAUUGCCGAACAACGUAAUAUCAAGUUAUCGUAUUUACCAUUCCUCAUAAAGGCAACUUCACUUGCACUCAACAAGUUCCCAGUCCUCAAUGCAAGCAUGUCACCAAGUGAGACUGAAGUCAUCAUCAAGCACUACCACAACAUUGGUGUAGCUAUGGAUACUCCACAAGGACUACUCGUUCCAAAUAUUAAAAAUGUUGAAAGCAAGUCCAUCUUUGAGAUUGCACAAGAACUUAACCGUCUCCAAAAGGAUGGUUUGGCAGGCAAGCUCACACCAGCCGAUAUGUCAGGUGGCACAUUCUCGCUAUCCAACAUUGGCACUAUUGGCGGUACCUACGCCUCACCCGUCCUUCUCCUCCCCGAAGUUGCCAUUGGCGCCAUCGGCAAGAUCCAAAAGCUCCCACGAUUCGAUCGUCAAGGACAAGUCGUCCCCGUCAACAUAAUGCAAAUCUCAUGGUCUGCCGAUCACCGUGUCAUUGACGGUGCUACCAUGGCCAACUUUUCAAACCUUCUCAAAUCAUACAUUGAAACUCCAAACACUAUGAUUCUCGAUACUAAAUAA